AUGCGGCCCAAUCCCUGCCGGAACGGGGGCGAGUGCAACCCAUUGGCAUGUACUCCCAUGAGUGCAUCUGUCCUGCAGGUUACACUGGGACCAGUGCGAAACCAACAUCGACGAUUGCAUCAUGCAUCAGUGCACGAAUGGAGAUUAUGCAUCGAUGGUAUUGACUCCUACACCUGCAGUUGCGCCCCGGAAUACACAGGCGAGCUUUGCACAGACGACGUGGACGAGUGCACGCUGCAGCCAAACCUGUGCAGGAAUGGCGCCACCUGCCGCAACAACGCCCAGGCUACCAGUGCAUGUGCGUCUACGGCUCUUGAGGGGGAUCACUGCGAGCACGAUGUGGACGCCUGUGAAACGACUCCUUGCGAAAAUGGCGCCACAUGUGAAGAUGCCGUGGCCAGCUUCAGGUGCAUCUGUGCUGCUGGCUACACUGGAUUGUAUUGUCAUCUUGAGGAUGCCUGCAUCAGCAGCCCCUGUGCUGCCUCAUCCACCUGUGACACCAACCUGGCACCGGUGACGCUGUCUGUCACUGUCCCGGCGGUCUUACAGGGAGCGACUGCUCAAUUGAUAUCGACGAGUGCGAGUUACACUGGGACUCAGUGCGAAACCAACAUCGACGAUUGCAUCAUGCAUCAGUGCACGAAUGGAGGAUUAUGCAUCGAUGGUAUUGACUCCUACACCUGCAGUUGCGCCCCGGAAUACACAGGCGAGCUUUGCACAGACGACGUGGACGAGUGCACGCUGCAGCCAAACCUGUGCAGGAAUGGCGCCACCUGCCGCAACAACGCCCCAGGCUACCAGUGCAUGUGCGUCUACGGCUUUGAGGGGGAUCACUGCGAGCACGAUGUGGACGCCUGUGAAACGACUCCUUGCGAAAAUGGCGCCACAUGUGAAGAUGCCGUGGCCAGCUUCAGGUGCAUCUGUGCUGCUGGCUACACUGGAUUGUAUUGUCAUCUUGAGGAUGCCUGCAUCAGCAGCCCCUGUGCUGCCUCAUCCACCUGUGACACCAACCCUGGCACCGGUGACGCUGUCUGUCACUGUCCUGGCGGUCUUACAGGGAGCGACUGCUCAAUUGAUAUCGACGAGUGCGAGUAUGAUCCCUGCGAAAGUGGACAUGGCAGUGAGUGCGUCAAUACCGUGGGAGCUUUUUACUGCAACUGCGCACCCGGUUACAGCGGGUUGCGCUGUGAGGUGGACAUCGACGAGUGUGCAUCCACUCCUUGCGUCAAUGGGGGCACCUGCCUCAACCUGGCCGUGUUCAAUUGCGUCUGUGUCAGAGGCUACACAGGUGUCUACUGCGAAACCGACAUCGAUGAGUGCGCGAGUAACCCUUGCCUAAACGACGUUUUCUGCCUGAACAAGGUGGGCCGGUAUCAGUGCAACUGUCUGGAAGGUUACACCGGGGCCCGCUGCGAGGCGAACAUCAAUGAGUGCGUCUCGGACCCCUGCCAGAACGGGGGAACGUGCCUAGACGGUGCCAAUCAGUACACAUGCAGUUGUCUACCAGGCUACACUGGCGUGGACUGCGAGACUGACUACGACGAUUGCCAGCAAGACUCCUGCUUCAACGGCCGCUGCCAGGAUGCCCUCAACGGCUUCACCUGCAUCUGCAACUUGGGCUACGAGGGCCGGCUGUGCGAGAACCAGAUUGACGAGUGCCUGGACGAGCCCUGCCAGAACGGCGGGACCUGCAUCGGCCUGGUUGGGGCCUACCAGUGCGUCUGUGCCCCAGGGACCACUGGUGCCACUUGUUCCAUAAACACUUACGAGUGCUCGUCCAACCCAUGUCAGAAUGGUGGAUUGUGUAACGUAAUCAACGGAUAUGAAUGCGAGUGUCUGGCAGGUUAUGAGGGACUACUCUGUGAGGUCAACAUAGACGAGUGUGCCUCCAACCCUUGCGCCAACGGGGGCACCUGCCACGACGACAUCAACAAGUUCAUCUGCACCUGCCCCUCGGGCUACCACGACGCCCUCUGCUUUUCAAGCAUUAACGAGUGUGAGAGCUCGCCCUGCUCAAACGGCGGCACCUGCCAGGACGGCGUCAAUGAGUACGCCUGCGAGUGCGUGCGGGGCUACGGCGGGCCCCGCUGCAAUGCCGACAUCGACGAGUGCGCCUCCAACCCCUGUCAGCACGGCGGCCGCUGCGCCAGCGGCCUGGACUACUACGUCUGCGAGUGUCCCGAGGGCUACGCGGGCACCAACUGCGAGAGCAACGUCGACGACUGCGUGGGGUACCCUUGCCGCAACAACGGGACCUGCAUCGACGCGGUCAACUCGUUUGAGUGCGUCUGCAUCCCGCCGUAUACCGGGGAGGUUUGCGAGGACCUGCUGCAACCUUGCGAGAACCACCAAUGUGAGAACGGGCUACAUGCGAACCGUGAAUUCUGCAACCGAGAUAUUGACGAGUGCGGUGAGUACCCGCCCUGCCACAACGGUGCAAUCUGCAACAACACCUUUGGUUCCUAUGAGUGCAUCUGUCCCAGAUUCGGCGGUCAGGACUGCAUAACCAACAUCGAUGAAUGCGAGUCUGACCCUUGCCAGAACGGCGCGGCCUGCUUUGACAAGACCAACGACUACACCUGCGCGUGCCUGCCGGGCUUUACGGGCAAGAACUGCGAGCGGGACACAGACGAGUGUGAGUCCAUCCCGUGCCGGAACGGCGCCACCUGCCAUGACUACGUCUCCAGCUUCACCUGCGCCUGCACGCUGGGUUACAGCGGAGUCUACUGCCAGACCAACGACAUGGACUGCACUGAGAGCUCUUGUCUGUAUGGAGGUACAUGCAUCGAUGGAGUCAAUGAAUACACCUGUCACUGCACACCUGGCCACGUCGGCCCCAACUGCCUACAGGUGGACGAGUGCAGCUCCAACCUCUGCCAGAACGGGGACUGCGUGGACCAUACAGGCUACUACACCUGCAACUGUGUGCUGGGCUACCUUGGGGAGAACUGCCAGGAUCUGGUUGACUGGUGCAGCAGUGAAAUCAACCCCUGCUCCAAUGGGGCCACCUGCACGCAGACCGACAACCGGUAUACGUGCACAUGUGAGGGCGCCUGGGCCGGUUCCCUGUGCGACGUCCACCAAGUGUCCUGCGACGUCGCCGCGUCAGAAAAGGCCACGAGAGCAUUUUUAGCUGCAGCUCGAGAUCAGCGCAUUCUGGUCACUACCUUCGCAGGCGUGACAGUAGAGAACCUGUGCCUCAAUGGCGGCACCUGCCAGACCCACGGCAACAGCCACAUAUGCCAGUGCCUGCCCGGUUUCCGGGGAAGCUACUGCGAGACCAACAUACGGGAGUGUGCGUCGGCGCCCUGUCAGAAUGGGGGGACCUGCCGUGACGGAGUUAAUGAGUACAGCUGUUCCUGUUGGCAGGGCUUUGAGGGACUGAACUGCGAGAACAACGUGGACGAGUGCGCCAGCUCUCCGUGCAUGCACGGCGGCGUCUGCCACGACCUGGUCAAUUCCUACAGCUGCUCCUGCAAGUCUGGCACUGAAGGCAUAAACUGCCAGAUCAACAACAACGACUGCUUCUCGGGGGCGUUUCACGACGGCACCUGCCGGGACCUGAUCGGCAGCUUCACCUGCGACUGCCCGGCAGGCUACGUCGGCCAGCGCUGCGAGGGCGACAUCAACGAGUGUCUGAGCAUGCCCUGCCACCCGGCGGGAACCUCCAGCUGCAUCCAGAAGGUCAACGACUUUGAGUGCGUCUGCAAUCUGGGCUACGAAG